AUGCCAUUGUAUGAAAUAAUUCAAUUGGGUUUCCGUCGCCGUUUGCAGUACUGGAACGACUACAAAUUGAGAUGGACUCCGUCAGAGUAUGGCGACGUCCAAAUGCUGCAUGUGCCUUCUGACCACAUUUGGAGGCCCGACAUCGUCCUCUACAACAACGCCGACGGGAACUUUGAGGUGACUCUGGCCACCAAAGCCACUCUGCACCACAAUGGGCUGGUGGAGUGGAAGCCGCCAGCCAUCUACAAGUCCUACUGCGCCAUCGACGUCGAAUACUUCCCCUACGACGAGCAGACGUGCUUCAUGAAGUUUGGCUCCUGGACCUACGAUGGUUUCAAGGUGACCCUGAUGACCAAGGCCCGCGUGGAGCACACGGGCAUGGUGACCUGGCAGCCGCCGGCCAUCUACAAGUCCUCGUGCCAGAUCGACAUCGAGUUCUUUCCCUUCGACAUCCAGACGUGCUUCAUGAAGUUCGGCUCCUGGACCUACGACGGCUUCAAGGUGGACCUCCGACACGUGGACGAGGAGCCCGGCAUGACUGUCGUGGACCUGGGCAUCGACUUGUCCGAGUUCUACAUGUCCGUCGAGUGGGACAUCCUGGAAGUGCCGGCCGAGCGGAACGAGAAGUUCUACACGUGCUGCGACGAGCCCUACUUGGACAUCACCUUCAACAUCACCAUGCGGCGCAAGACGCUCUUCUACACCGUCAACCUCAUCAUUCCCUGCAUGGGCAUCUCCUUCCUCACCGUCCUCACCUUCUACCUGCCGUCAGACAGCGGCGAGAAGGUGACGCUGUCCAUCAGUAUUCUCAUCAGUCUCCAUGUGUUCUUCCUGCUGGUCGUGGAGAUCAUUCCACCGACGUCCUUGGUUGUGCCCUUGCUCGGCAAAUAUCUCAUAUUUGCAAUGAUACUGGUGUCCAUCAGCAUUUGCGUGACUGUCAUGGUGCUCAAUGUCCACUUCCGGUCACCACAAACCCACAAGAUGGCGCCCUGGGUGAAACGGGUCUUCAUCCACACUCUGCCGCGUUUCCUGUUCAUGCGCAGGCCGCAGUUCCAGGCAGAUCCGCACAACAUCAUCAUCAAACCGGAAAGAGUCGUGGUGAGGACGUGCACUGGGUCGGAACUCAGGGAGUGCUACUACCCAGAGAGGCUGGUCUACUACGACUCUGUGGAACCGCCGCCAUGGGGCUGUGCUGGCCCACCCACGGGCCUCAACACCUCCAACUACUACUGCACACACUUUGGAGCUGGCCCGCCGAGACGUCAGACGCUGUCUUCGUACUACGCUGAUGGAGUGGCUGGACAUCACCACCAUCAGCCGCCGUAUCAGGGAGUCGGGGGACGACAUCUAGCCCAAAACGUGCGCAAUUUGCAUGGGUUCUCUGCAGAUGACGUUCGCUACCUGCAGAACCACGUUACGAGGUCCGAACAACCCCCAAACUUGGCCCGCGGGCACCAGUUGCGGGCGUCGGCCUCUUCGCCGCCACCGCCGCCGCCGAUGGCUGCCCUGCCGCCCCUGGCCCAGAAGAGCCCCGAGCUUUGGCGCACCACUGAGUGCGUGCGGUUCAUUGCCGAGCAUGCCAAAGUCCAGGAGGACUCCACCAAGGUGAAAGAGGACUGGAAGUACGUGGCCAUGGUACUGGACAGACUGUUCCUGUGGAUCUUCCUGCUGGCUGUGGUGGCUGGCACAGCCGGGAUCAUCCUGCAAGCGCCAUCUCUGUACGACGACCGGCAACCGAUCGACAGGAUCCACUCGGAGAUCCACAAGGCUGUCACCAGGUCCUCGGGCCUCAACACCAACAACAACAACAACAACAACAACCCGGACCUCAUCAAUAACAAUGACCCACAACUGGAUCCCAUCGAUGCCGUCAACAACGACUGAUCCGGGCUUUGAUUCUAUAUGUUGCUCUCACUCUCUCUCUCUAUGGAAUUUUCUUCUCUCUUUUUUUCGCUUUUCUCGCUGGUGAAUUCUUUUCCUUUUUUUAACAAACAAACAAUUAAUUUGGGGGAAAAGGCUGUGACCAGGCUCUUCAUCUAUCAUCGUGCCCGAAAUACUGGGCUUCUCCAUCAACCAUCAUCAUCGUCCUCACCUGCUGUUGCUCUUAAUUGUUGAUGUCCUGAUGACCCAGCAGACUAUAUCUUCGUCUCAAAAAUAUCAUCCAAAAGGAACCGCGAGAAACUCAUCAAUUUUGAAAUCAAUCGAAGAAAAAAGAGUUACGAGCGAAACGCCUCCGUUUACUUCUUUCUCACUUCUGAAAAAAAAGGAAAAACAGAAAAGCACAUUUUCCCCCUUUCCUAAACACUGUUCACGUGUCCCAUAAUGAAAGACAAUGGAAAGAAAAAGACAAUUCUCAGCAAUUUUUGUUUCGUUCACCCCUUUGCGAAAGAGAAAAGGGGAAAAAAGAAGAUUUUUGCUCAAGCCCCAAGUUUUUCAGAGAAGAAAGAAGAAGAUACGUGCUGCCAAAUUUAAUUGUACACAGUGAGGCUUUUUUGGGUGCAUAUGCGUGCUAAAGAUCGGGCGACGAGGGAAACAUUUGUUGUUUGACGAUGAGAGGGGCAGAAGGUGCGAAGUUGUUUUUGUUUUUGUUUUUUUCUUGAGCAGCCAGAGAAGAAAAAGGUGUGUUUUAGUCAAAACUGUUGAAUAGUUUCGUAUAUUAUAGAGUCGUCAGCAAAGAGGCAGCAUCUGCAGUUGGUCGGAAUAAAGCGUGUUUUUUGUAAAAAGUGAGAGCCAAAAAAAAAGAGAACGAAGUGUUUGAAUAGUUGCUGCAUGCUGAGUGCCGGAGGUUUUAAAAAAAAAAGAGGAGGAGGAGGAGGAGGUGUGUUAUAUAUUGGCACGCACGUGACGACGACGACGACGACAGGGUUCGGCAAUGCGCGAAACAUGUGAUUUUCCGUUUUGAAAAAAAGUUGGCAUUUAAAAUGCGUCGAUCCAGCUCCAGCAGAGGGAAAACGGCGGCCAGUUGUUGUCAGUGUAGAGGACACGAGCGGUGAAAUAUGUUGAAGGGAUGAAUCAAUAAACGGACGGUUGAGUGCUGAUUUUCACACAA